CCCAAACUCACACACAAACAAACACACAAGAAGAUAAAGAUGGGUUUCAUUGGUAAGAGUGUUUUGCUAACUCUCAUAGCACUUUGCUGCUUCAUUUCCUCUGUUUUCAGUACUACAGCUCUACCUCCAAUGAAACUAAUAACACCAUUGCCCACUCUCCCACCGGCCAAAGCCCCUAUCAAGAUACCAACUCUCCCACCGGCCAAAGCUCCGAUCAAGGUACCAACACUCCCACCAACCAAAGCUCCGAUCAAGCCUCCGGAUGUUCUCCGACCGGUUUCUCCUCCUAAGUUCAACAGGACACUAGUGGCCGUGCGGGGUGUGGUCUUCUGCAAAGCCUGCAAGUACGCCGGCAUAAACAAUCUCCAAGGCGCCAAACCUGUUAAAGGUGCGGUGGUGAGACUUUUGUGCAAAAACAAAAAGAACGCGACAUCGGAAGCAACUACGGACAAGAACGGAUACUUCCUGCUAUAUGCCCCUAAAACGGUGUCCAACUACGCCAUCAAAAAUUGCCGAGCUUACCUAGUGAAGUCGCCUGACGCUAAAUGCAGCAAAGUGUCUAAGCUCCACGGUGGAUACAUGGGCUCCGUUCUAAAACCGGUGGUGAAACCUGAAAAUGCAACGAUUAUCUUCAAUAAGCUCAAGUACGGUCUUUUCAAUGUUGGUCCAUUCGCAUUCGAGCCUGUCUGCCUCAAAUGAGUUGGUUUUAUUUAAUAAUAGCUAGUGAUACUUUGGUUAUCAGUAUUGAACACAGUUUAGCAAUGAUUGUGUUGAAUGUAUCAGUUUGGGUUUCUUUAUAUGGGCUUUUGUUUUAAUGUAUUUCUAAUUAUCUAUUGAAUAAAAACGGUAACGUUUACGUA